AUGUCUGUGCCCGGGCCCAUUCGUCGUCAUGGUGGUCGCGAUCCCCUACGUGCCGGACAAAAUCGUCUUCGUCUUCCUCACGUCAUGCUGGACGCGCUCGCCUUCCUGCUGGACAAAUUGGCGUUGUUCUUCGUGACGUGCGCGCCGCCGCCGGAGCGCGAGCGCGUCUACCGGCGCGGAGACUUGCUGGAGGUGCCGCGCACGCUCUUCACGCAUUUCGGCAUCUACGUGGGCGACGGCCGCGUGGCGCACCUCAUCCCGGACAUCCUCCCGGCCGUCACGUCGGACGCGCGCCGCCUCCGCAGCAAAGUGACCAGCGCGCGCCUGCUGCUCGGCGUGCUCGCCAAGCGCGCGAGCGUGCGCGUGGACUCCGUGGAGGACUUCGCGUACGGCGCCAGCGUCCGGCUAAACACGCACGCCAUGGAGCGCGCCGCCGGUAGCCGCGGCCAGCCCGACGCCGAGGCGGCGGCGCGGCGGGCGGAGCGCCUGCUCGGCAGCGCCCCCUACAGCUUGCUGUGGAACAACUGCGAGCAUUUCGUCACGUGGUGCCGCUACGGAGCGGCGCGCAGCCUGCAGACGGAGCAGUUCUGCCAGUGGUUGAAGUCUCUGAUCCGAGACCAGAGGAACGCGGUUCUGGCGGGGCUGCUGGGCCUCCUGUGCCUGGCCUGCUUGGGCGUGUCCUCCGGGACCGCGCUGCCCGCCGUCUUCAUCCCCUUCACGCUCUGGAUGGCCAGCUGACGCUGCCCACGUCUUCCUCGCCGCGCAAAUUUUUGUAUCGUUUUCACGGGACUGUAAUGUAAUGUAAUUAAUAAAGGAGGCCAUUUGGAAAGGCGGCUGCUGGCAGUUCGUUGCCCCGCUGAUGGCGCUUCACUACACGGCAGAAAGGCUCUCACACAA